AUGAUAUUACUUCUUGCUACUACGGCCAUCAUUGGAGGUUUUGUAUUGUACCUCUUUAAAUUCCGUGAACAAAUCGGAAGAAGCCACCUUACUGAUACUGAUAAGACUGGUUCCUAUCAUGAACUCUUCUCGACCGAUAACGACCAAACACAUCAAAAGAGAAAACAAGCUGGUUGGGAUGUUGCUGGCAAGUACUAUGAUAUGGUUACUGAUUUCUACUUGUACGGAUGGGGUCGUUCCUUCCACUUUGCUCCUCGCCAUUCCAGAGAGACUCUUAUUGAAUCCAUUCAAAGACACGAAUACUGGCUUGCCAAUCAAUUGGGUCUCAAGCCUGGUAUGAAAUGUUUGGAUAUGGGUUGUGGUGUGAUGGGUCCUGCCGUGAAUAUUUCUCGAUUCUCCGGAGCUCAUGUAACUGGGGUUAAUAAUCAUCCAUAUCAAUCCAAACGUGCUGCUGAAUAUAUUGUUCAAAUGGGUAUGGAGGAUCAAUGUAAGAUUGUUCGUGGUGAUUUCAAUAAUUUGGAUGAUAAUAAGGAUUUGCCAGCUGAAUCCUAUGAUGCUGCCUAUGCUAUUGAAGCUACUUGUCAUGCCAAGGAUCGUGCUCAUUGUUAUAGACAAAUCUUUAACAAGUUGAAGCCUGGUGCAGUUUUCGGAGGUUAUGAAUGGGUCAUGCUCACUGGAAAGUACGAUUCAAAGAAUGAAGAACACAACAAGAUUAAGUUUGAUAUCAUGAAGGGAGAUGGUUUGCCAGAACUCUUGAUGGAUAAGGAUAUCGAUCAAGCUUUGAGAGAUGCCGGAUUUGAAGUCAUCAAGACUCAAGAUGUUGCCAUCACUGAUAAGGUCAAUCCAAUUCCAUGGUAUCAACCAUUGGAUAAUGGUGGUUGGGAAUUUACCAAUUGGUUCCAAACAUCGUAUGGACGAUGGGUGGUUCACAAGCUUGUCGGACUUUUGGAAAAGGCUGGUUUGGUACCAAAGACAUCACAACAAGCUUACGAAUUCUUGAUGGCUGGUGCUGAUGGUUUGGUUGGAGGUGGUAAGACUGGAAUCUUCACACCAAGUUAUUUCUUCAUGGCUAGAAAGCCACUCAAUUAA